AUGAUCAUAUACCGUCGCAAAGAAGAAAGCCUCCCUCCCAGCACCACCACGUUCUCCAUGGAUCAAUCGACAACCUCCCCCUUCCUCGCCCUUCCCGCCGAACUACGAUGCCAAAUCUACGAGCAUUUGCUCCUGCAAGGGCGAGGGCAUCCGAUCGGCGCGAACAUCUUGCGGACGUGUAAGCAGAUCUACGCAGAAGGGAUGCCGAUGUUGUACGGGGAGAAUACGUUCCUGGCGCAUCCGAGUCUGUUGGCUAGCUUGCCUACGUUUCUGGUGGGAGUGAGGCCGAGCAAGAUUGUGGCUCCGAUGCCGGUGAAGUGCGAGAGGGUGGUGGGGAUGAUACGUAUGUUCUGAUCCAGUUCACACACAUGCACCGAGGAGCAUAGGGACUGACGAGUUGUCGUUUUUAGGGAGAUUCUAUCUCCUCGUCCGCCUCGAUUGUGACCCACGGUUUACUUCUCUGCAGGCGCAGGAGUCCUUCUCCGGAGUCUCGAAUCUGGAAUUGGAAGUGUUCCAGGCGAUGUACGGGAGUUGCGAUUUCUCGGUCUUGAGGUUGUUUGAGGGUGUGAGGGGUGUGGGCAAGGCGAGGGUGCAGGGUAGUAUUGGGGAUGGGAAGUAUGCGCGAUGGUUGGAGAGGUGUAUGGAGAGUGCGGAGGGGACGGAGAUGGGGUUUGUGGAGGAUUGCCGUGCUGGGAUUCAGGGCUGGGAUGCGUGGGCGCAGGGGAAUCGGUGA